AUGGCACGCAACAGUGAAAAAGCGCAGUCGAUGCUGUUCCGCUUCCGCGCGCAGCAAGCAGCCGACCUCGGAAUCAUUGAUGUCUCACGCACCCGACGCCCCAAAGCGAUCACGUCCAUCGAUACGGUGCCAGUAUGCGAGCGCUGGCGCGGACAGGUCGUCAAAGAAAUUUCGCGCAAAGUAUCACGCAUCCACGUGCAAAGCCUGAGCGACUACCAGAUCCGCGAUCUCAACGAUGAGAUUAACAAGCUCAUGCGCGAGAAAUGGGCGUGGGAAAUGCAAAUCCGCAACCUCGGCGGACCGAACUACAUGCGUGGAUCGAACCGACUUUACGACGAUGAAGGACGCGAGAUCCCCGGCGGAGGAAGAGGCUACAAAUAUUAUGGUCGUGCCCGGGAGCUGCCUGGUGUCAAAGAAAUGAUUGAGGCUGCGGUUACUCGCGCGAAAGGACCGGCGGAGGAAGAGGCUGUGUCUGGCCGCGGUGGAGAUAUUGCGACGAGGAAGGUUGAUGCCAACUACUUCGGCUAUGGUCUCGAUGAAGAAGAUGGUACGUUAUUGGCGUAUGAGAAGCAGAAGGAGAAGGAGUCUGUUGAACACCUGCGCCACCAAGGAGAGGAUGAUGCUGAAGAUGGCUGGCAAUCUCUACCUGGUGAUGCGGGCGACGGGGUGGAAUGGAGACUCCCGACGCUGGAUGAGGUCCAGGAAGAGCUUGUGGAUAGGCGGCGCCGCCGCCUUCUGGACAAGAUCUCUUGA